ACAGCACAAACCCCCACAGCCAAUAAUGGGUUCAGAACCAAAGAACCUCCAUGUGCUCGUACUGACAUACCCCACCCAAGGUCACGUGAACCCCAUGCUCCAAUUCUGCAAGUCCUUGGCCUCCAAAGGAGUCACCACCACCGUCGCCGUCACCGCCUUCAUUUUCAACACCUUCAAGCCCCACGACGGCUCCAUCCACUGGGACACCAUCUCCGACGGCUUCGACGAUGGUGGGUUCGCUGCAGCCACUGGCAUUGAGCACUACCUCGAGACAUUCAAGGCGGCUGGGUCGAGGACUCUGACGGAGCUCAUCCAGCGCCACCGGGAGUCCGGGCGGCCCAUUGACGCUAUUGUGUAUGAUGCGCUCAUGCCGUGGGCGCUGGAUGUUGCCAAAGGGUUUGGGCUUGUGGCGGCUACGUUUUUUACUAUGCCUUGCUCUGUUAACCUUAUUUAUUACUAUGUUGAUAAAGGGCUGCUUAGGUUGCCGGUGGCUGAAGGGUCGUAUCCUGUGUGCCUGCCUAGCCUGCCGCCGCUUAUGCCGCCGGAUAUGCCGUCGUUCAUCUAUGUGCCGGAUUCUUACCCUCAGUAUUUGUAUUUGCUGUUGAAUCAGAUGCCCAAUAUUCAGGGAGCCGACUAUAUUCUUGUCAACUCCGUUCGGGAGUUUGAACCUCUGGAAACAGAUGAAAUGUCAAAAAUCGGCCCAAAAUUGUUAACAAUAGGUCCAACGAUUCCAUCUUUCUACAUUGACAAAAACAACGUAAACGACAAGAAAUACGAGUUAGAUCUGUUCAAAAUCGAGCCAAAGGAGGCAUCAUCAACAAGAACAUGGCUAAAAACCAAACCAAAAGGCUCAGUCAUUUACGUCUCAUUUGGUAGCAUGGCGAAGCUAAACACAACCCAAAUGGCGGAACUAGCAGCCGGGCUAAUCGAUAGCAACUACUACUUCAUAUGGGUAGUUAGGGCCUCCGAAGAGGAAAAGCUUCCAAAGGGAUUCGCACCCGAAAAGGGUUUGGUCUUACGAUGGAGCUCCCAACUAGAAGUGCUUUCGAGCGAAGCGAUUGGGAGCUUCUUUACGCAUAGCGGUUGGAACUCGACGCUCGAGUCGUUGUGCUUGGGCGUGCCGAUGGUGGCGAUGCCGCAAUGGACCGACCAGCCAACGACGGGGAAGUACGUAGCCGAUGUGUGGAAGGUAGGCGUGAGAGUGAAGGUGGGAGAGGAUGGGAUUGUGAGGAAGGAUGAGAUCAAAGCUUGUAUAGAGGCAGUGAUGGAGGGAGAUAGAGCCAUUGAAUUCAAACAAAAUGCUUUGAAAUGGAAGCAGCUUGGGUUGGAAGCUCUUCAACAAGGUGGCAGUUCCUCGAACCACAUCGAAGAAUUUAUUGCUGGUGUGAUGGAUAAAAUAGCGGUUGUUUAAGACACAUUAGCGUCUAUUUACAUUGUUUUUGGUUUAAAAGUUUCUAUAUUUUGUAAUGCUUCUUUCUAAUAUUUCGAGGAGUUGUCUUACAUCUUAAUAAAUAUCUUAAUCUUAGCCCU